AUGUUUUCUCCCCACACCUCUGGCGAAGAUGUUUUAUUUGAUCAGGUUGGCGACAAAUUCGUCCUUACAUUAAAUAGGCCCAAAGCUUUGAAUGCAUUGGAUUUGUCCAUGAUCAAAAAGAUUAACCCCCUCUUGAAGAAAUGGCAUGAAGAGAAAAAUGUGAAGAUGAUAAUUAUAAAAGGGUCUGGGGAGAAGGCAUUUUGUGCCGGUGGGGACAUUAGAGCUGUAUCAGGUGCGAAAUCUGUACAGAAUAACAUACAACAGGAUUUUUUCAAGGAGGAAUACAAACUCAACUAUGGGAUUGGAACUUCAAAAAUACCCUGGGUGGCCUUAAUCGAUGGAAUCACUAUGGGAGGGGGCGUUGGUGUGUCCGUUCAUGGCCACUUCAGAGUUGCCACAGAAAGAACGCUAUUUGCCAUGCCUGAGACUGCUAUAGGCUUGAUUCCGGACGUGGGUGGGGGUUACUUCCUCCCCCGGCUGCCUAAUCACAUUGGAACAUUUCUCGCACUAACUGGAUUCAGAUUGAAAGGUAGGAACGUGUUCACAGCUGGCAUUGCUACGCAUUUUGUUGAACAUGCUAAGAUAAAAGAUUUGGAGAGAGACCUGUUGAAUGUGAAAGAUGCCAACCUGUUGAACACAAAAGAAGUUCUCAAUUAUUAUCACGAUAGGUGUUCCAUAGAAAAAGACAAGCCAUACAUCUUGGCCGAGCACCUAGGCCUUAUUAAACAUGCUUUCUCUGAUUACGACAUCAGUGGGAUUGUUCAAAAGUUGAAGAAUGACUCGUCGGACUGGUGUAAUACUCAACUGCAGACUUUAAAUAAAAUGUCGCCGACUUCUUUAAAAGUGACCUGUGAACAGCUGAGACACGGAAGUACAAAAGAUUUAAGGGAUGUACUUGUCAUGGAGUACAGAAUUGUACAGAGAAUCAUGCAGGGUUCUGACUUUUAUGAAGGUGUUAGAUCUGUCAUCAUUGAUAAAGACAUGAAGCCGGUUUGGAAUCCAAAAACAUUGGAUGAGGUGUCAGAUGAAUUUGUUCAGUCACAUUUUGAACCUUUCAAAGAUGGAGAUGAUAUUCAUUUAGAACCAUUUUAA